GUGGCGAAUGGCUCCAGCAGUAAAGUCCACUAUAUUGCCAGUCAGAUGAUUCUCCCCAAAGCUACGGGCCUGGAAGGCUGCACAGUGGUCAGUUAUUAUCGGCUCCUUCUUCAGAAAGCUGCAGAGUAUGAGCUGGGAUCCACUGAUCCUGGAACAACCUCCUAGACCCCCAGCACCAACCCUGCUGCUGAUUCCUCACCAUUCUCCAGCCAGCAGCAUCUUUAAUGCCUCAGGGUUUCUUUCCCUGUCACAGCAAAGUUCACAGUACCAGGACGGCAUCCUAAAUCCCACCCCUCCAUGGCAACAGUCGCCAGGACUAGUUACUUCAUCAGCCGAGCAGGAGAGAAGCUGCAGUACCCAGGACGGUGGAGAUGAGCACAGCAGGCGGACGGACAACAACAAAACACCACAUCGUGCACAGAGAGGCUGCCUGGAAUACUGUGAAGUCACAGAGGAGAGAGCGUUGUCACCUUUUCCUUCUUCCAGGAGUCCAUCAUUUGCCAAACACCCAUGCUCAUCUAUUGGGGGAGCUGUUGGAAACACGCCCACCCUGAACAUUUCAUUCAGUCCGUCCGCACCGGGCCACAACAGCUCCAAGGCAGAGGAGUUAUCUACUAAACAACUCACUGAAACAGAUCUGUUGAGCUCCUUGGCCUGGGAAGAUUUGCCUUUCUCUGAGAGUCUUACAGAGUUUUUGUGUGAGGAAAACAACAAUUUUGACAUCGUCAGUGAAACGGAGCCACGUUUAAAUGUGCAAAACCAGAAAGAAACGGCAAGAAACAACUUGGACCCGGACAAGAAAGUAUCACAUGAAUCAGCCUCUGCUUGUCAAAGGAACAUGCAGAUAACAGACACGAGAUUACUGGAUACCAUCGGUACUCCUGCGCCGCAUGAACGUGGCAGACACGAUUUAUCUGACCGGGUAUAUAAGAACCCUGCUGGAUGUGCAAACAAGAGUCAAGACAUUUGUUCUCGUGAGUGUUUUCAGGACGACGACAAAGUCAGUUUUCUGUCUUUGCAAAAUGAAGAAGAAGAGCAGCUUGAAGACGACACCUACAACUGUUCAGCAGACCUCUUCGGCAGCUCACUCAUAAUGGACAUGAACACUAACGAGCUCAACACACGUGCAGAAACUGUCAGGACGGCCACAGGGCCUCGCCCACUGCUCUCCAAACCAAUCAAACGGCCCCCGAGGAGUGGAAGGGAAGCUCAUUCAACACCACACAGAAAGAAACUGAAAAGGAAAAAAUGUCUUAACAGAGAAAGUUUAAUUCCAACAGGGACACAAGAUCUGGACUUCAUCCCUCCCUGUCAGUCCACCCCCAUUGUAAAAGUAGCUGGUGUGACCCGGUCCUCUGCCUCCUUCAGAUCACAACCUGAAGAUUCUUGUGCUUCUGACAGAAAUCAGCUUGAAUCGGACAGUAAGAAGACGGCCAGCACCACAUCUUCUCUUUGCAAGUUAAAGUGUGCCAGUGCUAAGCAGCUGUCCCAGAGUGGCAGAGAGCGGACAAAAGAAAACGUGUCGUGGAGUACGACAUCCAGCAGACACAGAUUUACCCCCAAAAGGAGGUUCUGGAAACCAGACGAGCAUAACAACCGUCUUGUGGCUCAGCAGCACCUGAGUGUCCAGAGAACUCCAAACCAAAGCAUCAAGCACAAAUGUGACUCGAGUGAUUGUGAUGCGACUGACAAUGAAGUCGUUGUUCCUCCGACUCCAGCGGCUGAAACCCGACUGAGUGUGAAGCUCAGAAGAAGACUGCAGACUGAACUCAGCAGCAGUUCUCUGGGAUAUUCUUGCAAAGGGCAGCCGGGAGAUAAAGUUAACUGUAAAAGGACUUUGUUGGAUCAAACUCUCACGUGUUCGCGGAGAGGCCUCGCACAAACCGCAAACUGUGACAAUGAGACGAUUGAUGAGGACCAAUCUGAUUGUUGCCUCCUUGAUGAUCAGAACGAGGCAUGUGAUUGGUCGAGAGAUCUGUUCUCUGACUCGGUCUGAGAGGUUCUUUUGCAGAUGGCCUUUACAAAUUGAGCCAUUUUUUAAAAUGUAUUUCAGCAUGGUACUCCAAAGAUCUAAGAAUAGAGCACAUAUAUUAAACACUAAAGACAGGAGAAGCCAUACCUGCCCCAUUUUCUGCUAUAUGCACUUUAUUUUUAAUACUUUACUCCAAAAAUGAUAAUUUGGAUAGCAAUUCCUCAGCACCCUGUGUUGCUUCACUUCUUAAAGAAAACUUUGUUUUUCUUGCGUGCAUGUUGGCCAUACCGUGUAGGAUGUGCCGCUGUGUUUUUAAAGUCUUUCUGCAGCUGCAGCUUGUCUCUGUACCCUCUUACUCAUAACCCUUUUAGUUCUCUAUUGGUUCCACGGCUAUUAAAGCAAAGUGACAGUAAAGGGAUAAUAUGUGUAUGAUUCUCUAUUUUCUUUUAGCCUUUAUUAAUAGAAAAUAGAGACGCGCUGGUACUGGAACAGAAAUUCCUGCUGGUAUUGGACCAGAGAUGUGCUAUGCACCUCAGUUACAAGUAAAAGCACUUCAUUCAAAAUCUUACUUAAGUAAAAGUAUCGAGAUGUUCUACAAAUACCAAAAGUAAAAGCGCAACCCUUCCUCGUGAUAGUAUACAGUAUAUUAUACUAUUGGAUUAUAAUUAUUGUAUAUAUUAUGUGUGCAUCACUUUAAUGUAGCAGCUGGUAAAGGUGGAGCUCAUUUUAAUUGCCUUAUAUAUGGCUGGUGUAUCUUAAUCCAUAUUAAUACAUUUUUAAAUCUAUGAUUGUAAAGCAUUACAUUCAGAAAAACAAUCCUCUGCAACGAUUAGUCUACUUCGAUUAGUCGAUCGACAGAAAAAGAAUCGCUAACUAUUGUGAUUAUCGAUUAAUUAUUGAAGUAAUUUGCUGAACUCUGUCCCCUCCCACCCCCCUCUCCCCCUGCCCCCUAAUGGACCUGGAUUGUAGAUUGUUAUUUUUAUAUAUUUAUUGUUGUGCCUUCUUUUUUGUAUACCUCUUUUAUGUGUGUAUAUGUGGGUAUGAGUAUAUAUAUGUGUGUGUGUGUGUGUAUAUAUAUUUAUUUUUUCUGGGACUGUGAGAAACGGCAUUUCGAUCUCCUUGUUUGUAUCAAACAUGGGGAAAUUGACAAUAAAAUUGACUUUGACGUUGAAAUUUU